AUGUCAGUGUUUAAUGGUUACACUGCAAUCCUAAUUCAAGAAUGUCGAAUAAACAACAAAUAUGCUGCAGCAGUAGCCGCCCCGGCACCCGCUUCACCGAAGAAGAAGACCAAGGCGCCGGCAGCGAAGAAACCGAAAGCGCCGGCACAACAUCCACCUACGGCCGAGAUGGUGAAUGCGGCCAUCAAGAAUCUAGCAGAGAGGGGCGGAUCCUCCCUGCAAGCCAUCAAGAAGUACAUCGCUAGUCACUACAAGGUGGACGUGGAGAAGAUGUCUCCCUUCAUCCGUCGCUACUUGAAGUCUAGUGCGGCCAAUGGUAAGCUGAUACAGACAAAAGGCAAGGGUGCCUCUGGUUCAUUCAAGCUCAGCGCAGGAGAGAAGAAAGCAACGACCGAAAAUAAACCAACGGCAAAGGCCGUGAAGAAACCGGCAACGAAGCAAGCAGUGAAAGCAAAGCCCGCAGCUAAGAAGGCGACCAAGUCACCAAAGAAACCAGCAGCCAAGAAGGCCAAAGCUGCGAAAUCACCACCGAAGAAGGCAGCGCCGGCAAAGAAGGCAGUCAAGGCGAAGAAAGCACCAGCAAAGGCAACUAAGCCAAAGAAAGCGCCAGCAAAGGCAGCCAAAGCCAAGAAGCCCGCAAAGAAGUAAGGGAGACGUCACUGAACGCCCACUGAUAACGUACCAACCGGCCCUUUUCAGGGCCACCAUUUCUUCCAAGAAAUGAUUUCUACAUUGCUCAUUAUACAUCAAACCGAUGCUCCAACAUAGAACUAUAACUUGUAUACUAGUACAGUAGUGCACUGUCGGAAUAUACAUUCCUAAGCCAGCUUUAAGUGUUACGAGCGGUUGUCUCUCAUUUUAUUUUUAGUAGAAGUGGAUUAUACACCCUUAAGUCUUGCCUA